CCUGUUCUAGGGUGGUUGUUUUAGCCUCCCCCCAUCCCGCACGCCUUAGCGACAAAAAUGUACGGUGGAAAGAAGACUGAAGUCGGGCAUCGUGGGUUCUGUCGUAGCCAACGCUGUCAUGGUGUGAAAAUGUCACACGUCACCUCUCUGGAUUCACUGCCUAAAAGAAGUCUCAAGGCCCCGCCCUGCCACAAGGAGACCAGGAAGUGCAAUCCUAUUUGCUUGGAAGGCAGAGAGCUGGAGGUAUUUGGUGAUGGCCCUAGUGACUCCCACACUGGACUUCUUUGGUUCUGCAAACAGACAAACUGUUUCUUGCCUAAGGACCUUUAUAUUGUCAGCUUGGAUAUAUGUGUCUACAUUUCAACUGGAGUAAAGAGGCAGAAAGGAAGAAAACUGAAAUACAAGAAAGGAAAGUGUCCCUUUGUGGGAGGCAUGUCUGAAUGGAUGUGGCCUGGAAGAGACCCUUGGAGCAGAGGCCCAGCCCCUGACUCACACUGAGCUGUCCCCCAUCUGGCUGAGAUUGGCCCUGGAGCCGCCCACUACUCCAGCACCCGCCGUCUUCUUGGCAGAGACCUCCGGCGGCAGGCUUUGGACUCCAGGCUGCAGAAUUACUCACUCACUGAUUCUUCCGCUGGCAUCUGCUAGUAUCCAGGAAGAGGGCUUUGUAUUCUCUCUUUCUCACUCAGCUUUUUCCCUGUGCCCUUUAUUGGGUGAAUUGCUGGAGCCAGAGUUGGAUUGCUCUCCCCUUUCCUCUGAGGACCAGGAUCCCGCAAGAAUCAUCUCUGCACUUGAAAGGCUGGGGAGAAGUCAAACAUCAGUUCUGGCUCUGUGCCUCUGGAGGAAGACUUAGUCACUUGGUUACCAUUGGCUGAAAUGGAUCAGAGAUGUCACGGGGAGGAAAUGCACUUCCUAUGAGUUAGCAGAGAAUGGUCUUCAAAGAAAAAAUGGCCUUUUUAUCACACAGAGAAAGUUAGUGGCAAAUUAAUUUCCUCUUCUGAGAGUUCUGACUCAGAUCCCCUAAAUGCUGCUGUUAGCUGGUCCUUUCCACUCAGCACACAGAAAUCAUGGGAGGCAUGUGACAAAAAUAUAGAGCUGGGGGGAAGGAAAAUUAGACGUUUUAUACACAUCGUCUCAUUUUAUUCCCACAAUGACCUAAUGUCAUUGUCUUCACUUUUCAAGAGUUAACAAUAUGAAACUCAGAGUGGUGUCUGAAUUUAUCCUUGCCUGUCCAAGGUCACACAGUACAUGGCAGAGCCGACAUAUGGACCAAGUCUGUCUAAUGCCAAAGUCACAGUAGGGGAAGCAGCUCUUCUGUCUCCUUCUCUCCGUUUCCUUUUUCCUUUCUUCCAUUUGUCACCUACACCUUCCAAAGAGUCAGAGAUUUCCCCAAAGGAUUAGAUAACACAUAGCACAGUGCCUUGCAUACAGUAGGUGCUCAAUAAAUGAUUCUGAAUUUCUGUGCCAUGCCUUUUAAAAGUGUUUGCAUUUUCAAAAGGGACUCCUGGAAAAAAUAAUAGCCAACACCCCCAACUAAAUGGUGAAUAUCUAAUGCAGGGGAUCUUGAGCGUGGCGAUUCUUCCCUCUUGCUCCCCUCCUUUGUCUUGUGUUUUCUCUCUCUUUCAAAACAAACACUGGCACUAAUCUAAGUGCUUUAUAAAUAUUUGCUGAUUUAAUCCUCCUUACCACUGUAUGAAGUAGGUACUAUUAUUAUUAGUGGUAUGUCAUUUUGCAAAUAAGUAAAUGGUGCACACAGAGAGGGGCUUGGUUUUCUGCCUAGGAACACACCACUUAUUGGUGGUGCUAGAGUUUGAAGGUGGACAGUGAGGCUCUUCAACCACUGCCAGUGCACUAUGCAGCCUGUCCAGGUGGGGAUAGCUUCCUGGAGCCACUUCCAUCCCUCACACGCACCUGACAUUGAAUGGUUUCCAAGGUAUGUUCACAUGUCUCAUUGCAUUUGAUCCUCACCACCCUCUGUGAACUAAGGCCCAUUAUUCCCAUUUAUAGCAGAGGAAACCCAAGCUCCAAGAAUGUAAGUAGCUUGCUCAAGGUCAUACAACUGGUAAGCUGGCAGAGCUUGGGAGGUGAACUAAUUUGUAGCCCAUUUAUUUCCAUGAAUGAGGCUGGUGUUGAGGAAUUGGAGCUGACCAGAACAAAGACAAAGCAUUGAGCAGGAAAAAAAAUUGCUCAAUGUGCCCAUUUUUUUUCUUGACAAUCGGACAGGGAAAAUGUGUGUGUGUAUGUAAUAGUCAUAAAGUAUUCCUCAGACCUUGAGGUUUUAAUAAAAUGUGAAAAUAGU